AUGUGUAUUUAUGUGUUACAUGCUGUGAUCAGGUAUUUAGGGGAUGAGGAGGACGGGGAAUACUGCAGAGAGUCUCGCUCCAGAGCUUUACUGGCUAAACUACAGGAGCAGGUCAAAGCCAGAGAACUGCAGAGCAUCUCAAACAGAGCUGAUGAAGAUGGGGACCGCCAGGGUGAUAAAGAAGAGAAGAAAAGGAAUCGGGAAGAAGCAGAGACGGAGACAGAGGGAGUUCAGCGUAAAACAAAGAAGAGUAAAAAAGAGAGAAAAACUGAUAUCAGUGAUGAAGUUGCCAGUUCGACUAAAAAGAAGAAAAAACAGAAGACAUUGUCUGCUGAAAACAAGAACACAAAUAGAGCAGAUGAAGAAUCUGAUAAAGAGAAAUCUAUAGAGAUCACAGAAACAAGUGAAAGUGGCCUAGAGGAAAUAAUAAGACGACUGAAGAGCCUGCGGCCAAUCAGGAGCCAAAGGAAGAGAACGGCUCCUCCCAGACCACCUUCCGCAUCCUGGGGGCUUGAGGAGAAGACUGUGCAAAAGGUUAAAAGAGUGUUGCCUCAAUGGUUGGUACGGCCUGACGUCAUUCAAAGAGACAUUAAGAGCAACCUCAUUCCCAUGACUGAGGUGCCAGGCAUCUGUCCCACACUGCUGAAGAAACUAGAAACCAACGGAAUAAAGAGCUUCUUUCCAGUUCAAGCCGAGGUCAUCCCUGCCAUCCUAGAGAGCGUGAGCUCAGGGCUGCUGCUCGGCCCAGGUGGCUACAGACCCAGAGACAUCUGUGUGUCUGCUCCUACAGGAAGUGGAAAAACACUGGCGUUCGUGAUACCCGUUGUACAGGCGCUGUCCAAGCGCGUGGUGCGUGAGGUCCGUGCGCUCGCUGUACUUCCAACCAAGGAGUUAGCGCAACAGGUGUCAAAGGUGUUUAGCACAUACACCGAGGGCACCGGUCUUAAGGUGGUGAUGAUCACAGGCCAAAAAUCCUUUCCUGCAGAGCAAACAGCGCUUUCUGAAAUCAGAGGAGGUGUUAGUCACAGUUCGGCUGACAUUGUGGUGGCCACACCAGGCCGGCUGGUGGAUCACAUCAACAAAAACAGCAACUUCAGUCUACAACAUCUACGAUUCCUGAUUAUUGACGAGGCGGACAGGAUGAUUGACAGCAUGCAUCAGUCGUGGGCUCUCAGUUUGAGUCCUCCACAGAUUCCUCUACAGAAGCUGCUGUUUUCCGCCACUCUCACCCAAAACCCUGAGAAGCUGCAGCUGCUGGAUCUGCACCAGCCUCGACUCUUCAGUUCCACACACAGCGGUACGGAGGCCAGCGCACAGAGCCAGGACGUUUUUAACUUCCCUCAGGGUCUCGCAGAGUAUUAUGUUCCCUGCUCCCUAAGCAAUAAACCGCUCAUCAUCAUUCACUUCCUGCUGUGGCUCAAGUUCAGGCCUGUUUUGUGCUUCACGAACUCCAGAGAAGCGGCUCACCGACUGUAUUUGCUCGUGAAGCUGUUCGGCGGUGUGGAAGUAGCCGAGUUUUCCUCUAAACUGAGCCCGAGUGAACGACAAAAAACACUGAAGGACUUCGAACAAGGAAAGAUCCCGCUGUUAAUAAGCACAGACGCCGCUGCCAGAGGUAUUGAUAUCGCCGGCGUAAAAUGUGUCAUUAAUUACGAUGCUCCUCAGUACAUCCGAACAUACAUUCACAGGCAAGGUGGGCAGAACAGCGAGAGCAGGGAAGGGCGGCUCAGCCUUCACCUUCCUUUAAAGUUGCAGGAGACGUGUUUCCUGAAGAUGGUGAGGGAUGCGGGCAGUCCUGGCAUAAAGAAGCACAUUAUAAAAGAUGGAAUUCUUAGAAGCAUGGAGCCCCGCUAUGAGCAAACUCUGGCUGAGCUCGGCGGAGUCGUGAAGGACAAAGCUUGA